UGCAUCCCCGACAGUGCGAUUCUUUCUUCAAAGUGUGUUUUAGUUUCUCUGUGCCUUCGGGAACCAAGAACGAGGAUAGUGAAGAGGACGAUCAAGAAGAUCAUGUUGACCGUCCUGAUCGCUGGAUUCUGCACGGUUGCAGUCACCGUCGCCCAGGACUACGAAGUCUCUGACAUUCAAUGCAGUGGUGCAGGAUCAGCAGCCGAUCUGCUCACUGCAAAGAUUAAAAGGCCGGUAAACUUCAGAGGGGCACCGCUCUUUGCCGACGACAGAUCCGCCAAUCCUCUCACCGAUAUUCAUUGCCAGAUCAGACCGGAUCCCAACGAUCCUCAGGAAGACAACUACUUCCUCAAGGUGACCGACUUCUCCAGAUGUGGCAUUCUAAAAAGAAACGGUUUCAUUCACCUGCGAAUAUGGUUCCCAGCAUUUCCAGGCGUGGUAAUGCUAGCUGACCAAGAACUAAUCCUGAUGUGUCGACCACCCGAGCCAACGUUAUUGAGACACAAAGCUGCAGGUUUCGCUGGCACAUUUCCGCAUGGCGCGAGAGUAUCCGGGGUGGUCGAAGAGACUCCAGGACGUUUGGAGUACGAGGUGGCUCUUUAUCGAGAAGCUACAGGCAAUAACACAUCGGAUUCGUCAGGAUCGCAAACCGUGGAUCAAGCAGUUCCUAUAGGGACGAAACUCCAGCUGAGAGCUCGAAUCAGUCCCGAUAGCGCGUGGGGUUACAUUAAACUGUUGGAAGUGACCGUUAGCCCUGAUCCUGAUCAACCUCACGCGCCAGGGAGCGUUGUGCUAGUCAAAGAUGGCUGUAGAAACCGAGACUUUGCUUCGAUAAUUCCUCAUCAACCGGCUCGAUAUCGAGAGAGGAAGAACGAGGUUUUUCUCGACUUCGAAGCCUUUCUUCUGAGCUCCAUGAGGGAACGAUCCACUUUAUGGAUACACUCGCAGAUUAAGGCCUGCAUGGAACCACAAGACUGCCAACCGGAUUUCUGUCUGGAUCUCUUCGAACCAUCAGGACAUGGGAAAAGAAGAAAAAGGACAUUGGAAGUGGCAAGUGAACACCUUUCAAAAGACAAGCGUUCUAUAAGAGAAUACAACGAUUCAACUCCCUUUACAAAAUUCAAAGAGAACAUCGAGUACACGGUAAUGAUGCCUAACGAUCUGUACCAGAAAGUUGCUGCUGGACUUGAAAACAGUUGCGGGAACUUUCUCUACGUGGCAACUGGUUUAGGUGUGCUUCUCGUUUUAUCAGCGCUUAUCAUGUGCUAUCUAGCUUCUCGUUUGCAUAAUUUGUCAUCGACGACACCCCAGAACAAAUCAAUUGAUGAACUGAUAAGAGAUCGGGCUAGAAAGUACUCGGAAACAACGCCAGGAUACACUGGUCGAUCCACGGUACAAUAAUUAGAUCAAAUUGUUGCCAAUUAUCUUGCUUAAUUGGAUCCAUCAAUCCACAGAUUUUGUGUAACGAAAGCACGUUUUAUACAACCAAUUGCACGAACAACUAAUUCCUUCAUGUUUCUCAUGUUAAAUGUUUGCGACUUACAGUCAAGUUACUUCUUCUUCCCCUCAGCAUAACGUAAUUGUUAUUAACAAGUUUUUGUUAAACGUGCAGUGCUAUUACGUGACCUGAAAUAGUGCGUACAUUCAUUUAUAAUAAUAAUUCUAGAUUCAUUGUAGAAUAAUCAUUCGCACCCAGGUUUUUGGGGCUUAUUAGCUGCGUAAUUUAAACACCAUGUACAUAUACACACGAGAUAAAUUAUUAUUUAUUAUUUGUAAAUGAAAUGUC